AUAUCAACUCAAUUGAAUUACGAGAAAAACGUGAUAGUGCGCAGAAUCAUAAUCAUAAUAAAAUAAAAAACUAAUAUUAUUAUUAUAUAAAAGGCUAAAAAAUAGCAUCACAAAGCAAUAUAAAAAGAAAUUCAUUGCCUUAAAAAAUUGAAAAAAUUAAUAACCCCCAAAUCAAUCCUCCCAAAACGCACACUCGACUCCACACAUACUGCAAUGGAAGUAGAAUCCGGCACACCGCCACGGCCACCGCCGCCGUCUUCCGGCGCGCAGUCCCAAAUCAGCCGUCUCAACUCCUACGUCGCGAAAUCCCGCGUCGGCAAGCGGUUCAAGGUUACCGAGCGCAACACCUCGUUCACCACGGAGCUCCGCGCCGGCACCGCCACGUUCCUGACAAUGGCCUACAUCCUGGCCGUGAACGCCUCCAUCCUGUCGGAUUCCGGCGGCACGUGCUCCGUCUCCGACUGCAUCCCCCUUUGCUCCUCCGGCGGCGACUGCAUCCCCCCCGACGCCUCGUGCAAAUUCGAACCGGUCAACCCCGGGUACGCCGCGUGCCUUGAGAAAACGCGCAAGGAUCUGAUCGUGGCGACGGUGGCGUCCUCCCUCAUCGGCUGCGUCAUCAUGGGCCUCUUCGCCAACCUCCCCCUUGCAUUGGCGCCAGGGAUGGGCACCAACGCCUACUUCGCCUACACCGUCGUUGGCUUCCACGGCUCCGGCAACGUCACCUACCAAGCCGCCCUAGCCGCCGUCUUCAUCGAAGGCCUCAUCUUCCUUCUCAUCUCCGCCGUCGGCCUCCGCGCCAAGCUCGCCAAAUUAGUCCCCAAACCCGUCCGCAUCUCCUCCUCCGCCGGCAUCGGCCUCUUCCUUGCCUUCAUCGGGUUGCAGAACAAUCAAGGCAUCGGCCUCAUCGGCUACAGCUCCUCCACAUUGGUCACCCUCGGCGGCUGCCCGGCGGGCGCCAGGGCGGCGGUGGCCCCCGUCAUGACCCUCGCAAACGGCACGGCUGCCCUAAUUCCCGGAGGCACGGUCUCCGGCGAUAUACUCUGCCUCCACGGGCGCAUGGAGAGCCCCACUCUGUGGCUGGGUAUCGUGGGAUUCAUCAUCAUCGCGUAUUGUUUGGUGAAAGACAUCAAAGGCGCCAUGAUCUACGGAAUCAUCUUCGUUACGGCGGUUUCCUGGUUCAGAAACACAAAAGUGACGGCGUUUCCGAGCACGGCGGCGGGGGACGCGGCCUUCGGCUACUUCAAGAAAAUCGUUGACAUCCACAAAAUAGAGAGCACGGCGGGGGCCCUGAGCUUCAAGAGCAUCGGAAAGGGGCAUUUCUGGGAGGCUCUAGUGACGUUCCUGUACGUGGACAUCCUGGACACCACAGGGACGCUCUACUCCAUGGCCAGCUUCGCCGGAUUCGCGGACGACUCCGGCGAGUUCGAGGGGCAGUACUUCGCCUUCAUGUCGGAUGCGUCGGCGAUCGUGGUGGGGUCGCUGCUGGGGACGUCGCCGGUGACGGCGUUCAUCGAGUCGUCGACGGGGAUAAGGGAGGGGGGGAGGACGGGACUGACGGCGCUCACGGUGGCGGCAUACUUCAUGCUGGCAUUCUUCUUCACGCCGCUGCUGGCGUCCAUACCGGCGUGGGCGGUGGGGCCGCCGCUCAUACUGGUGGGGGUGCUGAUGAUGAAGGCGGUGGUGGAAGUGGAUUGGGGGGAUAUGCGGCAGGCCAUUCCGGCCUUCAUGACUCUCAUUUUGAUGCCGUUGACGUAUUCCAUUGCCUAUGGCUUGAUCGCUGGGAUUGGGACCUAUAUUGUCUUGCAUUCCGGGGAUUGGAUUGCCCAAUUUCUAACCAAAUUUCGCCCUGCAAAUCUAAAUACUCACAAUGCUGGGGUCAAAGAAGAGGAACUUUACGAUCGGAAGAACCAGGAUGGAUAAGGACAACUCGAACAUCAACCGAGACCUUAACGCGAAAUUUAACCUAGAAGAGGCAAUUGCUUCCAACAGGGCCAAAGACUUGGUUGUAGAGCUGUUGAACGAACCAGGAAAUGCUACCGAUCCAAGUUCAACUCUA